GCCACCCACGUCUACCUGCCCCACAGGGCCCAGGAGGAGUUUCUGGAGCUGCUGGAGCUCCUACUCUGCCGCGCUCGCACCUUUGUGCCCUCGCUGGCAGCCAUGGAGGAGUUCCACCUCAGCCUCUCGCAGUGCGUGGUGCUGCGCUACCACUGGAUCGGGCCCUUCGUCCGCUCCCUCAAGGAGCGCCUGGCCGCCUUCCACAGGUUCUUCUGUGUGGCUGACCAGGUGAAGGUUUACACCAACCAGAACAAAACCAGGACCUUUAUUGGCUUGGAGGUCUCCGCUGGGCAUUUCCAGCUGCUGGAGCUGGUCUCAGAGGUGGACAGAGUUCUGGAGGAAUUUGACCUUCCCACGUUCUACAAGGACCCGUCGUUCCAUAUCAGCUUGGCUUGGUGUGUUGGGGACCUGACUGGCAGGCUGGACGGGCAGUGUCUGCGUGAGCUCCAGGACAUCGUGGAUAGGUUUGAAGACUCAUCACUCCUGCUGCGUGUCCAGUGGGAAGAAAUCCGCUGCAAGUCGGGCAACAAGUACUUCUCCUUCCCCUUGAGGUAGGGGCUGCUGAGGCUGUGCAUUUCAGAGCUUUGAAGACCCUGAUGUUCAACCAAGGACCGUUCUCCAGUAAAACUCUUGAGUGGUGCAGGCUGUCACACACUUCCUACGCUCUUCUUGCCUACUCAACAUCUCUGCGCUGUUUGUGGCCUCAAGUCAGGCUACUUCCAAGUCUGAGUUGCUGGAUGAAGAAAUGUGUGUUUGUAGCAGAUUUCAUCCUUACUGCUGUAUGUGCUAUAAUCAGCACCAGCGGUUCCAGCCAUCCCACGGUCGCUAAUUUU